GAUCUGUCAGCCGCUCCCUCUGGGCCUCAGUCCUCCGCCCGCGCGCGUCGGAGCCUGUUCGCGUCGACUGACCAGAGUCCGCGAAUUAUCCGCUCCGACCCGGUCCUAACGUCCCCCACCCCAGUUCUCUGUUCUUUGAAAACACUAAGGAGAAUGUCUCUGCAUCAAUUUUUACUAGAGCCAAUCACCUGUCAUGCCUGGAACAGGGACCGCACUCAGAUUGCUCUCAGCCCCAACAAUCAUGAAGUCCACAUCUAUAAGAAGAAUGGGAGCCAGUGGGUGAAAGCUCAUGAACUCAAGGAGCAUAAUGGACACAUCACAGGUAUUGACUGGGCUCCCAAGAGUGACCGCAUUGUCACUUGCGGGGCAGACCGCAAUGCCUAUGUCUGGAGUCAGAAAGAUGGUGUCUGGAAGCCAACCCUGGUGAUUUUGAGAAUUAAUCGUGCUGCAACGUUUGUCAAGUGGUCCCCAUUGGAGAACAAAUUUGCUGUGGGAAGUGGAGCACGACUCAUUUCUGUUUGUUACUUCGAGUCUGAAAAUGACUGGUGGGUAAGCAAGCACAUAAAAAAGCCAAUUCGCUCCACAGUGCUCAGCUUGGAUUGGCACCCUAACAAUGUUUUGCUGGCAGCAGGAUCAUGUGACUUCAAAUGCAGAGUGUUUUCUGCCUACAUUAAAGAAGUGGAUGAAAAGCCAGCCAGUACACCCUGGGGCAGCAAGAUGCCUUUUGGUCAGCUGAUGUCAGAGUUCGGUGGCAGUGGCACUGGUGGUUGGGUGCAUGGGGUUAGCUUCUCCGCCAGUGGCAGCCGCCUGGCUUGGGUCAGCCAUGACAGCACUGUGUCUGUUGCUGAUGCCUCAAAAAAUGUGCAGGUCUCAACUCUGAAAACAGAGUUCCUGCCCCUCCUGAGCGUAUCAUUUGUCUCGGAGAACAGCGUUGUGGCUGCUGGCCAUGAUUGCUGUCCAAUGCUCUUUAAUUAUGAUGACCGUGGCUGCUUGACAUUCGUCUCCAAGCUAGACAUUCCAAAACAGAGCAUCCAACGUAACAUGUCUGCCAUGGAACGCUUCCGCAACAUGGACAAGAGGGCCACAACUGAGGACCGCAAUACAGCCUUGGAGACGCUGCACCAGAAUAGCAUCACUCAAGUGUCUAUUUAUGAGGUGGACAAGCAAGACUGUCGCAAAUUUUGCACUACUGGCAUCGAUGGAGCCAUGACAAUUUGGGAUUUUAAGACCUUAGAGUCUUCUAUCCAGGGCCUUCGGAUAAUGUGAAGCUGAGUGAGCCUCGGGAUCAGCGUAACAAACUGACAGCCGUCACUGACAGCGGCCCACCAUUUGCAUGAUGGUGAGCAGACCAGCCACAAGGAAACACUGAAGACAUAUCUCGCGAAUAAUGUUUGUGUGUUUUGUUUGAAUAUAAUUGGUGUAAGUGUUGGUUUUUUUAAAAGCAGCAGUGAUUUGGAUUUUGUUUUGUUUCUUGUUUGUGCUUUUUCAUUCCAUUCUUGACCAAAGCUUCUCUUUAAGUAGUUAAUUAUGGAAAAUUGUCACACUAACUUAAAGGAAAAGGUGAGAAGAUAUGUAAAUUGCUAAAAAAAAUGAAAUAAAAAUACUGAAUGUGA